UAUUUUGGUAGCGAUCGAGAAAUAUGGCGACCGACGGAGGUAAGUUCAUCCACAUCAUGGUUACACGUCUAUUUGUGGUUCUAGGAGAACUACGGCGUCCAACGAUCGCUGAUCGUGAGGAUGAAUAUCGCUCAAGGCGUCGGCUAGCUAUGAUUUCCCCUGCUAGAGUGGAUCCGUUCGCUGACGGUGAUCAGACCCCGGAUCAUCGUCUCACUACUUAUAAGGACAUUAUGCUCAAUCAGCAACUGAAUAAGGAACAGCGACUUCUACAAGCAGAAAUAGCAGAAAGAAGCAAGUCUGGACAAUUAACGAUGGUAGCUGACACAAUUCCAACAAAACGGCGUCGUUGGGAUCAGUCGUCUACAGACGUAAACGGAGAGGCUAAGUCGGACCUCGCUAGCACACCGAGUGCUACCACGCCGUCGAAACGCUGGGGAGAUGACUCGGUCACACCUUCAAGGCCAUCGGCGACACCCAGUAACGCUGCUACACCUGGCAGUCGCUCUCAAUGGGAAGAGACCCCAGGCCGUCCUAAGGAUGCUGCGGCAACCCCCGGCCAAAGUGUCAGGCAGUGGGCUGAAACUCCUGCAUAUCUGUCCGGUACUGCCACUCCUGGUAGAGAUAUGCCCACAGGCGGUGCCUUAGGGGGCACUCCUAGUGCAAGACGGAACCGCUGGGAUGAAACACCACGAACUGAGCGAUACGGUGCAGACACUCCGGCGCACGGAGCUGGAUGGGCGGAGACUCCUCGAGCGGACAGAACACCCGGGGGUGUUGAAUCCAUUCAGGAUACACCGUCCUCCGUUAUGUAUGGACCUAGCGCCACCCCAAUGUCUGCAGCGACGGCAGCUGCGGUUGCCGUCAAACGACGCUCCCGUUGGGAUGAAACACCACUGAAAGCCGGUGCCACUCCUGGUGGUACACCUUCACACACACCAAUCGCCUUCACACCAUCCGGUGUGGCAAGUGUGGCUGGAACUCCAGGUGCAACUCCCAGCGGUCCAGGCGCUUCUAAUAUUUUCACACCUUCCGGAACCACUCCCACCGGUCCUCGUGCUAUGGGAAUGGCUACUCCCAGUUUUGGUUCUAUGCCACUUCCGGGCGCAGGUAUACCGAUGACUCCUGAACAGUUGCAGGUCUACGCUUGGCAGAAGGAAAUAGAUGAACGUAACAGGCCCCUAACUGACGAGGAGCUGGAUGAGAUGCUACCUCCAGGUUACAAAAUUAUGCCUCCGCCUGCUGGAUACGUGCCUAUCAGAACACCUGCUCAUCGCCUUGUCGCGACGCCCACACCGAUGGUCGGUACUCCGAUGGGUUUCCGCAUAGCCACUCCGGACAUCGGAACUGCUGCCGGUCUUGGCAUGAACGCCACCGGGGCUAAUGCGGCUGCUUUGGGUGACAUGCAACCUAAGGGUGCCAACUUACCAAUGAUGCGCCCAGAUGAUUUGCAAUACUUUGACAAACUGUUACAAGAUGUCGAUGAAGACAGUCUCCCACCUGAAGAGGCCAAAGAACGCAAGAUAAUGACGUUCCUGCUCAAGAUAAAGAAUGGUACCCCUCCAAUGCGCAAAUCGGCUCUCAGACAGAUUACCGACAAAGCGAGGGAGUUCGGAGCCGGACCCCUAUUCAAACAGAUCCUACCGCUUUUGAUGUCUCCGACCCUGGAGGAUCAAGAGCGUCAUUUGCUUGUCAAGGUUAUCGACAGGAUUUUAUACAAAUUAGAUGACUUGGUGCGACCGUACGUGCACAAAAUCCUAGUUGUUAUUGAACCCUUGUUGAUUGACGAAGACUACUAUGCUCGCGUGGAAGGACGUGAAAUCAUUUCCAAUCUUGCCAAGGCUGCUGGUCUCGCCACCAUGAUUUCCACAAUGCGCCCGGAUAUUGACAAUAUGGACGAGUACGUACGAAAUACCACCGCUCGGGCCUUCGCAGUUGUGGCAUCUGCCCUCGGGAUUCCCAGUCUGCUGCCAUUUUUAAAGGCUGUUUGUAAGUCAAAGAAGUCAUGGCAAGCCAGACACACCGGAAUCAAGAUUGUUCAACAAAUAGCAAUUCUCAUGGGUUGUGCAAUUUUACCUCAUCUGCGAAGUUUGGUUGAAAUUAUCGAACAUGGUUUGGUGGACGAGCAACAGAAGGUCAGGACUAUAACUGCUCUUGCUCUGGCCGCCUUGGCGGAGGCUGCAACGCCUUAUGGUAUCGAAUCCUUCGACUCUGUGCUGGAACCUCUAUGGCGUGGUAUUCGUACUCAUCGUGGUAAAGGCUUAGCUGCCUUCUUGAAGGCUAUUGGUUACCUCAUUCCGCUGAUGGAUGCCGAAUACGCAAACUACUAUACUCGUGAAGUCAUGUUGAUCCUUAUUCGUGAGUUUCUUUCCCCGGACGAAGAGAUGAAGAAGAUUGUGCUUAAGGUAGUGAAGCAGUGUUGUGCCACUGAUGGUGUGGAACCGGAUUACAUCAAGGCAGAAAUUCUACCACCAUUUUUCCGCUCUUUCUGGACACAACGUAUGGCUUUGGAUCGCCGGAAUUAUCGUCAGUUGGUUGAUACCACUGUCGAGAUUGCCAAUAAGGUCGGUGCUGCUGACAUCAUCUCACGCAUAGUAGAUGACCUUAAAGAUGAGUCAGAGCAGUACCGGAAGAUGGUAAUGGAGACCAUUGAGAAAGUUAUGUCUGCUUUAGGUAGCGCUGAGAUUGACGCUCGUCUGGAGGAGCAAUUGAUCGAUGGGAUCCUCUAUGCGUUUCAGGAACAAAGUACUGAGGAUGUCGUCAUGCUGACUGGCUUUGGUACAAUAGUGCAGACCCUUGGGAAACGUGUGAAGCCCUAUCUUCCUCAGAUUUGCGGUACUAUUCUGUGGCGCUUGAACAACAAGUCGGCCAAAGUCCGGCAACAAGCAGCUGAUCUGAUUAGCCGAAUAGCUGGUGUGAUGAAAGUUUGUCAAGAAGAAAAGCUUAUGGGCCAUCUUGGUGUGGUCCUUUAUGAGUAUCUGGGUGAGGAGUACCCAGAAGUGCUAGGAAGCAUCCUUGGUGCUUUGAAGGCGAUCGUCAAUGUGAUCGGGAUGACUAAAAUGACGCCUCCGAUCAAAGAAUUGCUUCCACGGUUGACUCCUAUUCUGAAGAACAGACAUGAGAAGGUCGAGGAGAACUGCAUCGAUCUCGUGGGUCGCAUCGCGGAUAGAGGAUCUGAGUACGUAUCUUCGCGUGAAUGGAUGAGAAUUUGUUUCGAGCUUCUUGAGUUACUGAAGGCACACAAAAAGUCCAUCCGUCGCGCCACCGUUAACACUUUUGGAUACAUCGCAAAGGCAAUCGGUCCUCAUGACGUUCUGGCUACCCUGUUGAACAACUUGAAGGUUCAAGAACGACAAAAUCGUGUGUGCACUACGGUUGCCAUCGCAAUUGUCGCAGAAACUUGUAGCCCCUUCACAGUGCUUCCAGGUUUGAUGAACGAAUAUCGAACUCCCGAACUCAAUGUUCAGAAUGGUGUACUCAAGUCUUUGGCAUUUAUGUUUGAGUAUAUCGGGGAAAUGAGCAAGGACUACAUCUAUGCGGUGACACCUCUCUUGGAAGACGCUCUGAUGGACAGAGACUUGGUUCACCGUCAGACUGCGAUGACUGCCGUCGGGCAUAUGGCUCUUGGGGUUUACGGAUUCGGGUGCGAAGAUGCUCUGGUGCAUUUACUCAAUCUUGUGUGGCCCAACGUCUUGGAAACCUCCCCACAUGUUGUACAAGCAUUCAUGUUCGCCAUUGAAGGUCUUCGUGUUGCUUUGGGUCCGAACAAAAUACUACAGUACACUUUACAGGGUUUGUUCCAUCCUGCACGGAAAGUACGCGACAUGAUGUGGAAAGUUUACAACACCAUUUACAUCGGAGCACAGGACGGUCUCGUCUAUGGCUUUCCUCGCAUACCAGACAGCGAUAACAACACGUUUGUUCGACAUGAACUGGAUUAUGUGCUGUGAUGUGCUGCGCGCACACCCACAUUAGUACAUAGCCUUGUUCGUCGUCCCUUGUCUAUUCAUCCCCGUUCCCUUUUGCGCACCGCAGUUUCACUUGACUCCUCUCACUUUGAUGACGAUUCUUUUUCUACUCACACGUAUAAGUUGUGAAUACCUGGCGUUGUAUUCUGCGAUCCCGUGGUGGGCAGAAUCCAUACAGUGACUUCAGC